GUGCAGGAGGGAAGCGGGGCGCAGGGAGCCACCACCGAGCCGGGGUACCCUCCAGGUUGCUGCUUCUGCCCCUGUGUCAGCAGCCCCCCGUCCCCCCAACACCAUGUCCUCCGCUCACUUCAACCGGGGUCCUGCCUAUGGGCUGUCGGCAGAGGUCAAGAACAAGCUGGCCCAGAAAUACAACCAACAUCGAGAGCAAGAGCUUCGUGAGUGGAUCGAGGGGGUGACGGGGCGUCGCAUUGGCCCCAACUUCAUGGACGGCCUCAAAGAUGGUAUCAUCCUUUGCGAGUUCAUUAACAAGCUGCAGCCCGGCUCCGUGAAGAAGGUGAACGAAUCCACCCAGAACUGGCACCAGCUGGAGAACAUCGGCAACUUCCUCAAGGCCAUCACCAAGUACGGCGUGCGGCCGCACGACAUCUUCGAGGCCAACGACCUGUUUGAGAACACCAACCAUACGCAGGUGCAGUCCACGCUCCUGGCGCUGGCCAGCAUGGCCAAGACCAAAGGGAACAAGGUGAACGUGGGCGUGAAAUAUGCAGAGAAGCAAGAGCGCAAGUUCGAGCCGGAGAAGCUUCGAGAAGGGCGCAACAUCAUCGGGCUGCAGAUGGGCACCAACAAGUUCGCCAGCCAGCAGGGCAUGACGGCCUACGGCACCCGGCGCCACCUCUACGACCCCAAGCUGGGCACCGAGCAGCCGCUGGACCAGGCCACCAUCAGCCUACAGAUGGGCACCAACAAGGGUGCCAGCCAGGCGGGCAUGACGGCGCCGGGCACCAAGCGGCAGAUCUUCGCGCCCGCGCUGGGCAUGGAGCACUGCGACUCGGGCACCGUGAGCCUGCAGAUGGGGAGCAACAAGGGCGCCUCGCAGCGCGGGAUGACGGUGUACGGGCUGCCCCGCCAGGUCUACGACCCCAAGUACUGCCUGCACCCCGACCUGGAGCUGGGGGACCCCGCCCACAACCACGUGGGCCACGGCUACUACAACUCCGCCUAGGGGGUCCCCACCCCACCCCCCCGCAUGGCGACACCCCGCGAGGGCGUCAGACUCACCGGACCCCCCCAGCCCCACGCCGCUGCCCCCUCCCAGCACCCAGGAGCAGAAGCCCACCCCACCCCCAGCGAACUCCCCUCCCCGAGCCCCCUCCCCGGGUGCCCCAGGCGGCUCGGAUGGCGGGAGGUGACUGAGGGCAGCGACCCGAGCGGAGCGCUUUCUUUUUCUAUUUCACUGGAGCACAAAUAAAUGGUAGCAACAUC